AAUAACGAUAAUGAUAAUGAUAACGAUAACGGUGAUAAUAAUGAUGAUAAUAAUGAUGAUGAUAAUGAUAAUGAUGAUGAUAAUGAUAAUGAUAACGAUAAUGGUGAUAAUAAUGAUGAUAAUGAUGAUGAUGAUAAUGAUAAUGGUGAUAAUGAUGAUGAUAAUGAUGAUGAUAAUGAUGAUAAUAAUGAUGAUAAUAACGAUGAUGAUGAUGAUGAUAAUGAUAAUUAUGAUGAUAACGAUUGCAGUCCUUUGUGGUUAAUGUUUGUAUGAUAAUGAUGAUGACGAUGAUACAAACGAUAGUAACAAUGAAAACGAUAAUAAUUAUGAUCCAAGAACGAGAAGUCCAAAGACUACUGCAAAGCUGAUUUAAAACAACGUGUAUUGUUUUUUGUAACAAUAUUUCGGCUGGCUGAUGAUGAUGAUAACAAUGAUAGCGAUAAUUAUGAUAAUUAUGGUGAAUAGUGAUAACGAUGAUAAUGAUGAUAAUGAUAAUAAUAAUGAAAAUGAAAUGAUAGAUUAGUGACAUUUUUUAAAACGGAGAACGGAACGAUCCACCAUCAAGAAAAAAAGUUAUUGCGUCAAAUUUUCAAUUCAGUUGGAGAUUUCACAACCAUUUUGGUUGUGGCUGAUAUUGUUAUUAUCGUUGUUAACAUCCUCGUUGUUCGGGGGAAAGGGGCGGAUCAUCUGUGUAUACUUACCCGUAAAUAUUUAAUAACAGCAACAGAGCUAGGAAUAUCCUUCCAGACGCCCCAGACGCCCCAGACGCCCCAGACGCCCCAGACGCCCCGGAAAAAGCCAUAAUCAACAUCCGCUUACCUAUCGGCUGCGUAUCCAGCAACGUCAGGUUAAACUCUGCAUCACCAUUAGUGUCAAAGUUAAUUUUGUAACCAAGUAUGCCUGAAACCGAAUGAAACUGAAUUAACGUGUAUUUCAAACUUCAAAAAAAAAGCUCCAUCUUACCUUCCUGGAAGUUUUAAUGGUAAUAGGAAACUGUAGACAUAAAAGCUUUCUGAAAGCCGCAACGCAGAUAAAUGCUUUAAUCUAUCUCUUUAUUGAACUUUACUUUAAUUAUUGAAUUCGCCACGGUGUCACAACACGGUGACAGGGGAUGAAACAGGACUAGCGUCCCAAUUGAUAUCAACCCGUUCAUUACCCACCUAGCCGAUGAAAGGUUGUACCACACCACCAGGGUCUACGCCCCCUACUCUUUUCGAACAGCAUUGUGGAUUCCUUCACGUCCCACAAGAGUCGGAACAGUGAAACAGCUGUGAGACGCGGCCUACGGUUUUUCUUUUUUGUCCGAAAAAAAAAAUAGAAUGUCUAACAAUUUGUAGAUGUCAUAACAAAGGCAGCACAUUCUCCUCAGUUAUUUUUUUAAGACCCUGAGUGUUGGUCCGGCCGGGGUUUGAACCCGCCACCUCCUGCUCAGCAGACCGGCGCUAACUCUUUUAACAAUAAGCCAUGAAGCGUUCAAAUUUUAACUCUUUCGACAAUUCAGGGGCACCCAACGGCAAUUUUCGGGAAAAUAUCUGUUCGGAAGACGAUUUGAGAUCUAGAAUUUUCGGAGCAUUUGUUGUAAAAUUUCUUGCUUGCCUGCCUCUCCUAGGAUUUUCGAACAUCUACAAAAUGGUAUAAUUACCCAUUUUUAACGGAUUUUGACCCUAAAAAAGGCAACCUAGAAUUUUCGGGAGCCUUUUCCUGGCUGAAAUUUUCGAGAAGGUAAGUUUUUAUCCCUAUAAUUUUUGGGUCACUAGACUUUCAGCUACGAAAUCCGAACAGAUGAAAAGUUUUUAGGGGAUAAAAAUGUGCCUAUAUCUACCGUUUGAAACAGUAAAAUACGUUCAACAAUGCUAUGUUAAGUGUUUUUGAACUAUAUCCUCGUUGGGUGCCCCUGACAAUUAGUGUAUGAAGUGUUUAAAUGGGAUCCAACAAUUUGUUUUAAUGGCCUUAUACAGGGCAACUAAGUUUAUAAUAGCUACUAAAGAAGUGGGUUCUGGGCAUCAUGAAUGAAAAACACAAAAUAGCCCUGAUGCAUAUUUAUGUCAGAUGAGCAAAUUUCACCACAAAAUCUCGAUUUCGAACGAGCUUCUUCGAAUGUGCACUCUCUGUGUGAGAUUAUUCUUUUCAACUCUACUGCAAUGGAAAUUCAUUCACGGUUUUCGAUGCCAUCUUGACGAGUAAGCAAACGUGUGAGAAAUUACAGUGUUUGUAUGAGAAUCUAAUGUCGAAUAAUUUCCGUAAAACGGCUGUACUGAAAAAAAUAUCAGUUGUAAACUAAAGCUACAAAGCAAAGGACUGUACUAAGAAAUUUUGGAGGCGUACCUGCGCUUACACUUCUCCAUAGGUUUUCUUAAGAUUUUCCAUACAUUUGUGUGUAAUUUUCCCGGGACUUUCUUACAGACAAAUGUAUAGAAAAUUUAAAAAAGUGGUUCUAGGUCUUCUAGUGCAUGUAACACCCUCAAAUUUUUUCAGGACAUUCCUUAGGAGUGAAGCUUUAGUUUACAAAUCGUAUUUUUUUUCACAACAGCCGUUGAAGUACUAUACCCCUUAGUUGAUCGACCCCAAAAAAUUUAGAAGGGUUUGUAUGAAGUUUUCUAAGCAUAACUGGGCUACGAUCUCAGAGAAAAUUUGCCCGAAAUGCUCAUUUUUGGCAAGAAGGCCUCUUGGACAUUGUUCUUUCAGAAUAUCCUGACAAAUCCCAACAGCAAGUGGUAACGUUUGCGCAUGUGUCAAGCUAGCUUGUUGAGAGCAAAUCGUAAUGGCCGAAAGCUGUCCUGAAGCACUUUCAAGGGAGAAUUUUUUGCAUACCCAGUCAACAGCAGACAUGUCUUAUAGUUUGGAUACUUUGGUUAAGCCAUGUUGAAGUGUCAUGUAUGAGAGAAGGACCAUUUAGCUGGUUAAUUUUCAUCCAUUUGGCUCCUCUGAUGAAGCAGAUAGAGCUUUCACGAGGUCGUUUGUUGUGAUAUGUUGAUUUGUUGACAUUCAAGCGGUCACGGAUUUCUGGGUUUUCGUUCAUGAUCUGCAGAGCUGCCUAGCAUUUAGGUAAGAUAUACCCCUUCAUUUACUUUGUGAAAUGUGGAGCAGCAUCAUCGAAUGUUAUGUGUUAAAAUUAUAGCAGCCUGAAUUCAACGUAAUUUAUGUGACCCCCGUAUUUUUGUAGUAUUUGACGCUUACCGUACAGCGAGAUCCAGUUACAUAUCCCACACAAGCGACUAAACAGGUUAAACUUCUCCUUCGGUCACUCCGUAUUUUCACUUAUAAUGGUUAAUUCAAAGGGGGGAAGUUCGAGUAUUUUGAUACUAUUUAUAUAUUAGCGGCAUGAAAUCAACAAGCAAAUUUCCUACUCUUACAAGUAAGGCCGUAGCUGGAUGUUUCCUUCCAUUUUCGAAAAUUUGCUUUUCUGGUUCACAUUGGUGCUCUCUGGCGAUUACUUAUUCUCGGAGAUUAAGAGAUCGGGGCAGUGGAUUGUGAAAUAUUAUUUGCUAAAAUUUCGUUGAAGAUAGACAAAUUUUUCUUGUCCUUUUCAACCUUGUUUUCAGAUUUUUCGUGAACAUGUAAAAGUAUAUCCCAACAAAACUUAUUUGUAAAAGCAUUGUUUCCGAACACUCUUUCAUUCUUGAAUGUUUGAUUUUGCAUCCAAGGGGGGGAACACUGACGAAUUUGCGUUUUAAUAAUCAUGCACUGUAAGCUCUCAGAUUCAUUGACAAGAACCCUCACCAUUUUGGAAGAUGAUUUUAUUCUGAUAAUUAUUCUAUGAUGAUUUGUUUAUACAUAUAAAAUUGGCGCCUAAAAGAAUUUCAAUGUUAUGCUUAAAAUGUUUACAUUAUGUAUCGAAACAUAACUGAAAUCAAUAUAAAAUAUGAAAAUACACAUGUGUGCAUUCGUUUCCCUGCCCUACUAUAAAAUAUGAUAAGUGUGAUUUAAUGCAUUUUCAUAUGACCAUUAUGAUAUUACUCCCACUUUGACACUAGCACAAGUUCAAGCGCAAAACAAUUCUUUCCCUUGUUCAUCUUUACACUUGCUGGACUCAGACUGCCAUUCCUGUUUGAAGCACACACUACACUGGACAUGAAAUCCCUGAAUUUGAUUCCUUGCAUUGGCAUCCACAUAAGAAUUAGCUCCAUCACAUACAAUGUAUUUGUACGCUUACAAAAAUCAUAAAUGUCAUUAUUGCUUUUCUAUCCAAAAGAUUUCUUUCCUUCUUGAAUAUAAAUUCGUAUCCAUCACUCUUUAGAAAUCCUUAAUAUCUAAAGGGGUAUCGCUAGUUGUGGGCAACAACAAAAUGCCAUAGGGGUAACUUUUCACUCUCUGAUAGAAAUAAUUCUUUGGAUACUCUGGGUCUCAUAUAUUCAGUGUUUGUGCACAUUAAUUUAGGAGCACUUGGCUUGCCAAUGUUAGUUUGGCUGUGUAUACACAGUAGUAGUAUAUAGUCAUCUAUCAUAGGCUGCACAAGUUGCAAUUGAUGCUCCUGGUUUUGCAAGAUGACAAGUUAUGGAAAAUUUCAUUUGCCUUUUGCCUGUUGCAGGAGCUCCCUAUGAGAUGCUCAGCACAAAACCUUGUUGAUUCUGGUGAUAGUCAUUGAGGACGAGUGCAUCGUCACAUUCAAACCAGUUGCACUUUUCACUCAAGCCAUAGCAGAGCUGGUACAAAAUGGCGACUAUCUGUUUUUUAUUUAACCCUAUGCUGUCUGCAGAAUGUGAAGGGUCUGUCACUCCAUACUGAACUGCAUCAAAUAGCCUUGGUGCCCCAGAAGACACACAGAAAAGCUUCAAUCUUAUUGAGUCAUACAUUGGCUCACUUGAAGCUACCAUAAACUCAGACUUUAUAAAUAUCGGGCUUGAAGAUUCUUAAGUUCUCCUCAUGUUGAAAUUAAAUGAAAAGGAAAAGUUAGAGCUAAUUUUCUCUCAUUUUCAAUUUUUUAAUCUUCAAAUCAUAAGAACUUGGCCCCAAAUAGAUAUGGGCUAGUCAAGGGAGCUAAGCCUUAUUAGCUAUAUAUU